GUGUAUGAGAUAUUUGCCACGUUGCUGUAGAGACUUAAAGCCGCUUUCUCGCCGGCAGGAUGCAGUUUAUCUUCCUGAACACACUGCAGUUGUCGCGUUAUUCAGUGAACGCAAACACCUGAAUGUCACCUCUCUGACAGCUGGAGUAUUACUCUCGCCCCGAGGCAAUAAAAUGUUAGCAGACCUGAUUUUGGAGGAAGAGUUCGACACGAGUGGAGACUCCUCCUGGCGCAGCCCGCAGGACAUUGAACACGAUCUUCAUCUGGCAGCAGAGCUGGGGAAAACCCUUCUAGCCAGGAACCAUGAGCUGGAGCAGGCCCUGCAGCAGAUGUACUCCACCAACCAGGAGCAGCUGCAGGAGAUAGAGUACCUGACCAAGCAGGUGGACCUGCUGCGCCACAUGAACGACCAACAUGCCAAGGUUUAUGAACAGUUAGACAUGGCUGCCAGGGAUCUGGAGCACAGUAACAGGAGUCUAGUGCAGGACAACCGUGUGUCCCAGCAGAAAAUCCACAGUCUGACAGAGACCAUAGAGGGCCUUCAGACCCACAUGGAGGAGAUGCAGAUUCAGGUGGAGGAGCUCAAGGCUGCUCAGGCGGAGAGAAACAAAAGAGAGCUGUCAGAGCAGAGACGCAGUCUGGGAGCACAGAGCGUGUCCUGUCUCAAAGAGCUGUAUGACUUAUACCAGGACAGACACCUCGAUCAUAACGGCCUUCACCUGAACAGUCUCAGGUCACCUCAGGGAUCCUUCCAUCACAGAGACAGAUGCCUUAACCCGGAGGAGGAGAACGUGGCUCUGCAGCGCUCCAUCCAGACCCUUCAGGCACAAAUAGCUGCAGAGCGGAGUCGCAGGGAGGCAGCAGAGCGGGAGAGAGAGUUGACCCUGAAGGAGAACGUGGCCCUGGAGCAGCAGCUGACAGCGCUGUCAGGCUGCAGUACCAGGCAGAAAGAGCUGGAGGCUGAAGUGGAACAGCUGCGGCUCCUGUGGCGCUCCGAGUGUGCCAAGAGUGUCAGAAUCCCGGACCACCUGCUGCUGCCGGACCAAGUGUACUUUGCCUCACAGGAGAAGUCUGGCCUGGUGCAGAACGACACGGAGGAGGAGGAGGAGGAGGACAGAGAUAAGGAGCAGAGAGGAUACAGGCGACAGAGGUGUAACAGUGACAGUGUGGUGAAAGCUGCGAGCCCGGAUGAUCUUCGCCUUGGACACGAGCAGCUGUGCAUUCGAAGAACGGAGGCGGUGAAACAGAGGGGAAUCUCUCUGCUCAAUGAGGUGGACGCACAGUACAGCGCACUGAAGGUAAAAUAUGACGAGUUGCUGCAGAGAUGCCGUCACACCACAGAUGGACUCCAUAAAUCAGUGCAGACAUCAUCCCACAGUCCUUUUCCCGGCGUCCGCACUUGCCGUCGCCUGUCCAGCUCCGCCGGGCUCUCUGACAUGAUGCUGGCUCUGGAAGACGGUAGUCAGCAGCCAGAGUACAAGGCUCUCUUUAAGGAGAUUUUCACCUGCAUCCAAAAGAGCAAAGAGGACGUCAGCAAGAACAGACAUCUGGACAAGACAUCUUUGUAGUGAUUAUCUUGAGACCAUUGUCGUUGGUUGGAGAAACUUUGAGAUGAUAAUCCACAGGAGGCAGAUUCAGUAAUCCCACCUGGGUCUGCUGUGUCUUAGCUGCAAUCCUCUUAUCUCCAGUCAUGUUUGUUCACCUUUACUCUGGGUUCAUCAGCACUGUUUCCUUUGACUGUCUUUGUGUUCAAUGAAAAAUCCAGUGUUAAAUAGUUGCCGUUGUAUGUUUGAUGAAAGAACUGAAGCACAUCAAAUGUCCAAAAAGCUAAGGAGAUGUUAUUUAAAUAAAAUGAAAUCUAAACAAAUAUGUACUAACAGAUACUUGAAUGCCCUAUUAUGUAGUUAUUUAUCAAUAUUAACAAUAUUAUUAUUAACAUAUGUUGUGUUGAACAUACAACUGUUAUAUGAGAUUUGUGUCAAGAGAAUGUUGUAAUAGGAUGAAAACUGCAGCUACCUAAUAAAUAGGACUCAGGAGUAUGUGGUAAAUACCUUAAGAGUAAGUGGGUUUUUGUAAGUUGCCUAUAGUUGGUUCAGCCGUUGAGGGUCAUUAGAAUGUGAGUGAAGAAAUGUCAGAUCACACUGGUAGAUUGUUUCACAGUAGUUUGUGCUUUCUGUUCUCAUGUCUGUGCACUGCUCACCCCCGCCCCUUAUUUAUCCCCACAAGUAUUGUUCUUAUGCCAGUAGUACAUGUAACAGCUCUGCACUUCCCUGACUGAAUCUGUUUGUUUGUUUGAUUUAUUCUAUUAUUAUUUUUGGAUUAUUUAUUUCCUUUCAAGCAGAUUGUUAAACUGAAUGUGACUGGAAAACAAAUAAAUAUACACUGAGGUGCUGUUAAAUAAA